AUGUCUAAGGUCCAGCGCGUCUACACCGACCCGGCAAUUUACGCUGCCGAGCACCAGCAAUUUAAGAACGAGGGCCUUCCCAGCACAGCUCAAGGCUGGAUUCAACGAGCGCAGGCCGUUUCUGAGAUCUUGAGCCGUGAUGCUGCGCAGCGCGACAUCGAGAACAAGGCGCCUCGCGCCGAGGUUUCGCUGCUCAAGUCCUCCGGCCUUCUGAAGAUUCUGGGCCCCAAAAAGUAUGGUGGUGGUGAACAAACAUGGGAAGUUGGCUACAAGGCCAUUCGGGAGGUUGCCAAGGGUGACGGCUCGCUCGGCAUGCUUCUUGGGUACCACUUGCUGUGGUCGACCACCGCCAAUGUCGUCGGCACCGCUGAGCAACAGGACAGUGUACAAGCUGUUCUGCUCCAGAAUAACUUCUUCGUCGGUGGCGCUGUCAACCCACGUGACAGCGACCUGAAGAUUACUAGUGAGGGCGACGAAAUCGUCUUCAAUGGCUUCAAGAACUUCAACACCGGAGGUGUUGUCUCAGAUCUCACUGUCCUCGAGGGUGUCCUCGAGGGUACUGAGGACCACAUCUUCACCUUCGUCAAGACAGACCAGCCCGGCAUGGUCUUCUCGCACAACUGGGACAGCGUGGGUCUUCGGCUCAGCGAGUCCGGUAGUGUGAAGAUCACUGACAUCCGCGUGCCCUGGACGGAUGCCCUUGGUUGGGAUGCAAACACCAAGCGCCCGAUCCCGGAGGUCCUCGGUGUGCCGUUCGCUUCGCUGCUGCUGCCGACCAUUCAGUUGGUCUUCAGCAACUUCUACUUGGGUAUCGCCGAGGGGGCCUUGGCCGCCGCCACAGAAUACACCAACAAGUUCACACGUGCGUGGCCUUUCGGCGGCGAUAACAAGGAGAAGGCGUCCGAGGAGUUCUACAUUCUGGAACGCUACGGUGAGUUCCGUGCUCACGUGGCUGCUGCCGACGCCCUGGCCGACCGGGCGGGAGCUGAGAUCGCCGCCGUAUACGCCUCCGCUGGCCAAUACGGCUCGCUGGUCCGCAACGUCGUCACCGCCCAACGACGUGGCGAGGUGGCCGCGCUUGUCGCACAGGUCAAAGUUGUCACCACCGACACCGGUCUCACCGUCACCAGCGGCAUCUUCGAGCUGCUCGGUGCUCGUGCCACUGGCAAGAAGUACGGCUUCGACCGAUACUGGCGCGAUAUUCGCACGCACAGCUUGCACGACCCCGUAGCGUACAAGAAGCGCGAAGUUGGUGUCUACCAACUACUUGGCGAGAUCCCGGAGCCAACCUGGUACACUUAG